AUGUCUGCCUCCUCCAGCAACUGUAUCAGCUCCAUAGCGUCAUCCAACAAACCCUCGGCCUUGUCUCUUGGCGUGCUCGGAUCCAGGCCGGCCCAUCCGCUCCCGCCGGUAGUCCGCCGCAUCGCCCUCCUCCCGGCACGCCCCGCAGCCGCAGCGGAACCCGUACUGCUCCAGCCGCCGCCGCCGCGCCGCCCUGCCCUGGAGGAGCGGCACGUAGCUCACCAGCACCUCCUCCCCCUCCUCGAUGUCCCGCGCCGCCCACACGACGUUCCUCCCCCUCCCCCUCCGCCUCUGCCUACCCGUAUCUCCGUCCCCGUCCCCGUCCCUCCCGCCGCCGCCGCCGCCGCCGCCGCCAUCGCGCUCCGGGGCAGUAGUCGUCACCGUCCAGACGCUGACGGCGUUGGGCCGGCACGAGUGGUUGAUGCGCGCCAUCCGGGGGAACAUGCCCCAGUCCGCGCCGCGGACCGUGUACGCGUUGCUGCGCAGGAUGUACAGGUUGCGGCCCCGGGCCGGCUCCCCGGGGAACCGGUGCUCGUGGCAGGCGUGGAAGUCGCGCCGCUGCCCGUCGGCCAGGCGCCCCACCGCGGCGUCCGCGAGCCGGACCAUCUCCUCGAAGACGAGCUGCGGGUCGUCCCGGAAGAGGGAGGAGCUGUUGUUGCUCCUGCUGCUGCUGUCUGGCGGGGUGAUGCUGAACAGCGGCUCUUCUUCCAGUACGCGCGACCCCUUGCGGAUGAACGUCGUGGCGAAGACGCCCAGCCCCUUCCCGGCCGAGGGGCGGAUCUCCCACGCGGGAUGCGUGCCUUGUAUCGCGGCUGUGACUGA